AUGGAGCCAGCAGAGAGUGGGAUGAGCCUCAGGUCAGAAGAUGAUUCUGUGAACAAUAUGACGAAUCCAAACCAGUUACCAGAGGUGUCGUCCCUCCCUGCAUCAACUUCAGGUGCAGCUUCAGAAGUGGAUCAGCCUGUCCUUGAGAGUACCUAUUACCCUCCUUUGAUGCAACAGAUGUCAUGGACUCAGGCAGCUCCAUUCAAGGAGCAGCGUUUCUGCCGAGGCCCAAGUGACUCCAUAGCCAAUAAUUAUUCUCUGACUGCACGGGAUCUGACCAUGAAAAACCUGCGCAAAAUAAAGUCCUCGUCUGUAAGAGGGACAUCACAGGGUGCAGUACAGCAGACAUCUUCACUGUCAUCAUUGCUGAAAAAUUGGAACCCCACUCCACUGCAUGCACCUGCUCAUAUUCCAGAAUUAUGUUAUACAGACAACCAACCACUGACCCCAGAAGAACAAUUUGUUGUCAUGCACUUAAUUGAGAAGGAGAUAAGUGAACAAGAAAAGCCACCUUCAGCAACUGAAAUAGAGAGGUACUGUCACUACAUACAUCAUGAAGUACGGGAAGACAUGGUGAUACCUCUGGAUAAAGAAGUGAUGAAUGUAAUUUUAGAGCAUAUUCCACCUCUCCUUCUUGCAAACCCAGACCUGAAGAAUUUACUUGCAAGUUUAAAAGAAGAGAUUAAAGCAGGCUAUAUCAUCAGCAUCAUGAAAGCCACUGUUGAUUACAUCUUGUUGGAUCCAGAAGAGAGGGAGAGAUUGUCCAUUGGAUCUACCCCACGCCCUUUUCCCCUGAGAGUUGUUCGUGCACCCGUCCCAUGGCACAAAUCUUACAAAGCAAUGAAAAGUUGGAAUGAAAAGAAUCUAUUCAUAGUGAAUCCACUGAUGUUCACUUUACAACAGCUCUGGUUUUCUGACUACAGUCACCUAAGGUUUGUUCGGACUCAAGAACUGCUUUCCAGAGGUCUGCCAAUGUUGCCUGCUCAGUUUCAGGAGGUUACUCAAAGACACUGCAUGGAAGCUCGCCAUAUUCUUCAAAACAAGUGGAUCCCAGCUUGUGCAUCCAUUCUUGCUAAUCAAAAGAAGAAAUGGCUUCAUUUUGCUCCUAAAAAGGAUUCUGAUUCUUCUCAGCAAGUUGAAAGCUAUUUUAAUUCAGUGGCAGCUCUAAUGUCGUUGAAGUUACGUGAGAUGGUCAUUAACUCCUUAGAAGAUUUUCUUGUAUUUUUUAAUAUCCACAAGGAUGGAAACGAUUUUGCAGAACCAUAUCAAGAAAGGGAGUUCUUUAUAUCUCCAAUACUUACAGUCAAACUCAAUGUGGAAGAACCCAAGAUUGUGUUUGAGCCACCUUUGGAAGAAUAUUGGCAUUUAAUCAGUCGUUGCUUCAGAGAGAUCCUGCAAAGUGCUGAGGAACUUCCAAAGGUAGAAAGAUUUCUAUUUCCAGAAUUAAAAAGAGAUGAUCUCACUCUCCGGACAGUUAGACCAGAUGAAUCCUUGUUUACAGAGCGUGUGAACAAACUUGAGAAGGUCUUUGAGAGGAACAUACUUGGUCCACAGAAGUAUUUAAACGUGUACAGGAAAUACAACAAUCUUUUGGACAACAAUGCACAGCAAGAUGUCACAGAUUUCUUGAAAGAAGAUACUUCUCUAGAAGCUUUAACAGAGAAGAUUGACAGCUUAAGAGAACUGAAAAGAGAGAUUGCUUCCAUGCGUAUCACUGCCUCUCUGGCCCUGUUCUCUCUGGAUGCUGCACACCUGAAUAAGGACCUCUGUAAUAGGACUCAAAAUCUUAUAGAUAGAUUGGUUGAAUUUGCAGUGAUGGAAAACAGAGAGUUCAAUAAUAGAAUUUGUGAUGAAUAUGACUUAAUUGCAAAGAAAAUGAAUGAGGUGCCUCAGAACACUGAAGAGCUCGUGGAAUAUGAUGCAUACUUAAAGAAAUCCAGUGAAGUUACUGUUUUCGACCUGAAAAAAAAAGUUGCUGAAGCAGCACACAGACUGAAAUUCCUCAUGGACUACGCUUGUCUUUCUCGUAAUGACAUAAAACUGAAUAGCACAGUUUUCCGUUGGCCUAAAGAAAUUGAGACAAUAUUUGAAAGCAGCAGAGAGAAGUCACGUGAAAGGAGGCAAAAUGCAGAGAUGGCUUUGCUAAAAAGGUGUUCUGAGUUUGAGGAAAUUCUUCAACGUUAUGAUGAAGAAAUACAAAGCUACAAAACAGUGGAUGUCAUAAGUGUAGAAGAAAUUGAGUACAAUGCUGAGAGCUUUAAAGAGUUAAACAAGAAUCUAGAUAAUGCAUUAACAGAAUAUGACGCUAUUAAUAAGGAAGAAGAGUUACUUGGGAGGGAGAAGAGUCAGUAUCCUCUACUGCAAGCUAUACUUGCAAGCAAACAGCCCUUUGAGCAACUUUGGGUAACAGCACAUGAUUUCCAUACCAAAUCUGAGGACUGGAUGAAUGAAUCUCUCCAGAAGUUGAAUGCUGAGGAAAUUACUGAAGAAGUUGAUGGUAUGUGGAGGACUAUGUAUAAACUCAGCAAGACUUUUGCAGAGUUGCCUGGGCCUAAACGCUUAGCAGAAACUAUGAGAACCAAGAUUAAUGAAUUUAAAGAGCAUCUUCCUGUCAUGUCAGUUGUCUGCAAUCGUGGAAUGAAGGAGAGACACUGGGAGCAGAUUAGUGAAGUAGUAGGAUCUCAGAUCAAACCUGAUGAAACUACCACUUUUGCAGACAUGUUGAAGUUUGAACUCUUCAAAUAUAUUGAACAACUGGAACCCAUUGGAGCAAGUGCAAGUAAGGAAUACUCCUUAGAGAAAUCCAUAGAGAAAAUGAAAUUAGAGUGGGUCAGCAUCAAUUUCAGCCUGGUGCAAUACAGGGAUACUAACACCAGCAUCCUGUCAGCUGUUGAUGACAUUCAGCUUUUGCUGGAUGAUCACCUUAUCAAGAUUCAGACAAUGUGUGGCUCUCCCUUCAUCAAACCCAUAGAAACUGAAUGUCGGGCUUGGAAAGAUAAGCUGUCUUUAAUGCAAGAUAUUAUAGACAGCUGGUUAAAAUGUCAGGCAACAUGGCUGUAUUUGGAACCAAUUUUUAGUUCAGAAGACAUUGUAGCUCAAAUGCCUGAAGAGGGCAGGAAGUUUGGGGUUGUGAAUACAUACUGGCACACCAUUAUGGCACAAGUGGUGAAAGACCCAAAGGUACUUGCAGCAGCUGAACAACCUAUGAUGUUAAACAGGCUUCAGGAAGCAAAUGCUCUCCUAGAAGAUGUUCAAAAAGGGUUGAAUACUUAUUUGGAGAAGAAAAGAUUGUAUUUUCCAAGAUUCUUCUUCUUAUCUAAUGAUGAGCUACUUGAAAUACUGUCUGAAACAAAGGAUCCCCUUCGGGUACAACCACAUUUAAAGAAAUGUUUUGAAGGAAUUGCUAAGCUGGAGUUCACAGAAGGCCUGGAGAUCUUAGGCAUGAUCAGUUCAGAGAAUGAAAUUGUUUCUUUCAUAAAUAAAAUCUACCCAGUCAAUGCAAAGGGCAUGGUAGAAAAAUGGCUUUUGCAAGUAGAAGAAAUGAUGCUGGCCAGUGUAAAACAAGUGAUUCAGGAUGGCGUAAAAGGAUAUGUUGAGGUUCCUCGAAAAACAUGGGUACUUCAGUGGCCUGGACAGGUGGUUAUUUGUGUUUCAUCCAUUUACUGGACACAAGAAGUCUGUGAGGCUAUAACAAAUGGAACUUUACCAGAUUACUUGGAGAAGAGCAAUCUACAAAUUGCAGAUAUUGUUGAGUUGGUGAGAGGAAAGCUGUCCAGUGGAGCCCGGCUGACACUCGGGGCUCUCACUGUCAUUGAUGUGCAUGCUCGUGAUGUGGUUGCAAAGUUGGUUGAGGACAGAGUCACAGACCUGAAUGACUUCCACUGGAUUUCUCAGCUGAGAUACUACUGGGAAGAGGAUGAUGUGAUAGUGAGAAUGAUAACAACAGAAGCUAAAUAUGGUUAUGAGUAUCUGGGCAAUUCUUCACGUCUUGUUAUAACCCCACUAACAGAUCGGUGUUACAGGACAUUAAUGGGUGCCUUGAAAUUAAAUCUUGGUGGUGCUCCAGAAGGACCUGCUGGGACUGGCAAAACAGAAACAACAAAAGAUCUAGCAAAAGCACUAGCUAAGCAGUGUGUGGUCUUUAAUUGCUCCGAUGGUCUCGAUUACAAGGCAAUGGGCAAGUUCUUCAAGGGGCUGGCACAGUCUGGUGCAUGGGCCUGCUUUGAUGAGUUCAAUAGAAUUGAGGUUGAAGUAUUAUCUGUAGUUGCUCAACAAAUCCUUAGCAUCCAGCAGGCUAUCAUGCGCAAACUGAAAACCUUCAUCUUUGAAGGGACAGAGAUAUCUCUUAAUCCUACUUGUGCUGUGUUUAUCACAAUGAAUCCUGGGUAUGCUGGACGGGCAGAGCUGCCUGAUAAUCUGAAGGCACUGUUCCGAACAGUUGCCAUGAUGGUUCCAGAUUAUGCUUUGAUUGGAGAAAUCUCACUUUAUUCAAUGGGUUUUCUGGACUCUCGAAGUCUUGCCCAGAAAAUUGUUGCAACUUACCGUUUGUGCUCGGAGCAGCUGUCAUCUCAGCAUCACUAUGAUUAUGGGAUGCGUGCUGUCAAAUCUGUCCUGACAGCAGCAGGAAACUUAAAACUGAAGUACCCAACUGAAAAUGAAAGUGUAUUACUACUUCGAGCUUUGCUGGAUAUUAACUUGGCCAAAUUCUUGUCACAGGAUGUGCCAUUGUUCCAGGGGAUCAUAUCUGACCUGUUUCCUGGAGUGGUUCUUCCUGCCCCUGACUAUGACCUGUUUGUCCAGGCACUGACUGAAAAUAUUAAAAAGAUGACUCUUCAACCAGUCCCCUGGUUCAUUGAAAAAAUUAUUCAGGUAUAUGAAAUGAUGCUGGUGCGCCAUGGUUUCAUGAUUGUUGGAGAACCUUUGAGUGGGAAAACCUGUUCAUACAAAGUGCUAGCUGCAGCCCUUGGUGAUUUGUAUGCAGCAAAAUCCAUGGAUGAAUUUGCUGUUGAAUACAAGGUUAUUAAUCCCAAAGCAGUUACUAUGGGACAGUUGUAUGGCAGUUUUGAUCCUGUAAGUCAUGAGUGGUCAGAUGGAGUUCUUGCAACUGCCUUCAGGGAACAAGCAUCUUCUACCACAGAUGAUAGGAAGUGGAUUAUUUUUGAUGGUCCAGUGGAUGCAGUUUGGAUAGAGAACAUGAACACUGUGCUGGAUGAUAAUAAAAAGCUGUGCUUAAUGAGUGGUGAAAUAAUUCAGAUGAAUUCAAAAAUGAGUUUAAUCUUUGAGCCUGCAGACUUAGAGGAGGCAUCUCCAGCAACUGUCAGCAGGUGUGGUAUGAUCUAUAUGGACUCACACCAGUUAGGUUGGAAGCCACUGAAGGAUUCCUACUUGGAAAAACUGCCUCCAAACCUGGAGGAAGAACACCGAGAGAUGGUCAAUGGCUUGUUUAUGUGGCUAGUCCAGCCCUGUUUAGACUUUAUUCACUUAAAUUGCAAAGCCUUUGUACAAACGUCCCCUAUUCAUCUGAGUUAUAGCUUGAUGAAGCUCUAUGAUUGUCUGCUUGAUGUAAUAAAGCAGCCCGAGGAAGAGGAGAAGAGAAGCAUGUCUAGUCAGGAGAUCAUCAUGUGGCUGCAGGGGCUUUUCCUGUUUUCUUUGGUUUGGACAGUCGGUGGCAUCAUCGAUGCAGACAGCAGAAAGAAAUUUGAUGUGUUUUACCGUGACUUGCUAGUGGGAAGGAAUUCUGAAAACCCAUGCCCUGAAAGUGUGAAGUUUAACAGAGGCAAUAGUUUCCCAGACAAAGGGAGUGUUUAUGACUACUAUAUUGACAAGCAUGGGCAGUGGAAGAUGUGGAUGGAGUAUAUCACAAAAGAAGAGCAAGUUAUUGCCCCAGAUGCUAAGGUAUCUGAGCUGAUCAUUCCAACAAUGGAAACUGCCAGACAAAUGUUUUUCCUUAAAACAUAUGUGGAGCAUAGUGUCCCUUUGCUUCUUGUCGGUCCCACUGGUACUGGAAAAUCAGCUAUAACAAAUAGUUUUCUACUGCAACUUCCAAAGGAAGUAUACAUCCCAAGCUUCAUCAACUUCUCUGCAAGAACAUCUGCUAGUCAAACCCAGGAUAUUGUUAUGUCCAAGCUGGACAGGAGAAAAAAAGGAUUAUUUGGACCUCCUGCAGGGAAAAAAGCAAUAAUGUUUGUGGAUGACCUAAACAUGCCUGCAAAGGAGGUGUAUGGAGCCCAGCCACCUAUUGAGCUUCUCAGACAAUGGAUUGAUCAUGGUCACUGGUAUGACAAGAAAGAUACAUCUAAGAUUAAUAUCACAGAUGUGCUGUUUGUUUCAGCUAUGGGUCCACCUGGAGGAGGCCGGAAUGAUAUUACAGGACGUUUCACACGGCACUUGAACGUUGUAUCUAUCUGUUCUUUUGAUGAUGACAUAUUAACCAGGAUUUUUACUGCAGUUGCUGACUGGCACUUCAGCAAAGGCUUUGAACCUGCGUUUCUAAGGCUGGGGAACGUGAUGGUCCAAGCAACAAUGGCAAUUUAUAAAUCUGCAGUUGCUAAUUUUCUCCCAACUCCUUCAAAAUCCCACUAUGUCUUUAAUCUACGGGAUUUUUCCAGGGUUAUUAGAGGAGUGCUGCUCUGUCCACACACUCAUUUGAAAGACGAAGAUAAAUUAAUCAGACUUUGGAUUCAUGAGGUUUACCGAGUGUUCUAUGAUCGGUUAAUUGAUGAGGAGGACAGGAAUGUGUUCUUUCAGCUGGUACAAGAGGCAACAUCAAAUACCUUCAAUCAGAGCUUGGAUAAGGUAGUGGGUCAUCUCUCACCUACAGGAAAAGUCUCUGAUGAUAAUAUUCGCAGCCUCUUCUUUGGGGACUUUUUCCUGCCAGACAGCAGUGAUAAAGUGUACGAUGAAAUCACAGACUUGCAGCAACUGACAGCCGUGAUGGAACACUACCUGGAGGAAUACAACAAUAUGAGCAAGGCACCAAUGCCCUUAGUUAUGUUCAAGUUUGCUAUUGAGCAUAUCUCAAGGAUAUGCAGGGUAUUGAAGCAGGAUAAUGGACAUCUGUUGCUGGUGGGGAUUGGUGGGAGUGGUCGACAGAGUGCUACCAAGCUGGCCACCUUCAUGAAUACCUUUGAACUCUUUCAAAUUGAAAUUACAAAGUCCUAUGGAAUCAAUGAAUGGAAAGAUGAUGUUAAGAAAGUCAUGGUGAAAACAGGUGUUGAGAACAAGAAUAUUUCCUUUCUGUUCUGUGAUAAUCAGAUCAAGGAUGAAGCAUUUGUAGAAGAUGUCAACAUGCUUUUAAAUACUGGUGAUGUGCCUAGUAUCUUUCCAGCAGAUGAGAAAGCUGAAAUUGCUGAGAAAAUGCAAAAUGCAGCAAGGAUGGAGAACAAGAAAAUUGAAACCUCCCCCGUUGCUAUGUACAAUUUCUUUAUUGAAAGGGUGAAGAAAAAUUUGCAUAUUGUCUUAGCCAUGAGUCCUAUUGGAGAUGCAUUUCGGAAUCGAUUACGGAUGUUCCCAUCACUGAUAAACUGCUGCACCAUUGAUUGGUUCCAAACCUGGCCUACAGAUGCUUUGGAAAUGGUUGCUAACAAGUUUUUAGAGGAUGUUGAACUUGACGAUGACGUUAGAAAAGAGGUGGUGUCAAUGUGCAAAUAUUUCCACGAAAGUGUGAGGGAGCUCUCUAUCGACUAUUUCACCAUACUGAGAAGACACAACUAUGUGACACCAACUUCAUAUCUGGAACUGAUUCUUACCUUUAAGACACUGCUGAACAGGAAAAGGCAGGAAGUUGACAUGAUGAGAACUCGGUAUCUUACCGGACUUCAGAAGCUGGAAUUUGCAUCUUCACAAGUUUCAGAGAUGCAGAAAGAACUGACUGACCUUCAGCCAGAACUGAUUCAAACUUCUGCAGAAACAGACAAAAUGAUGGUCCAGAUUGAAAAGGAAACAACUGAAGUAGAUGCAAAGAAGGAACUAGUGUCAGCAGAUGAGAAAGAGGCUAAUGAAGCAGCAGCUGUUGCUAAAGCUAUUAAGGAUGAAUGUGAAGGAGACCUUGCUGAGGCCAUGCCAGCUUUGGAGGCAGCACUUGCAGCUCUUGAUACUCUGAAUCCUUCAGACAUCUCUCUUGUGAAAUCCAUGCAGAAUCCACCUGGUCCUGUUAAGCUUGUCAUGGAGAGUAUCUGUGUCAUGAAGGGGAGUAAACCAGAAAGAAAGCCUGAUCCAAGUGGCAGUGGUAAAAUGGUGGAAGACUACUGGGGACCGUCUAGAAAGAUACUUGGAGAUCUGAAAUUCCUUGAGAGCUUGAAGACGUAUGACAAGGAUAAUAUUCCUCCUGCUAUAAUGAAAAGAAUUAGAGAGAAAUUUAUUGAUCAUCCAGAUUUUCAGCCAGCUGUCAUUAAAAAUGUCUCAUCUGCCUGUGAGGGGCUGUGCAAAUGGGUGCGAGCCAUGGAAGUCUAUGACCGUGUGGCAAAAGUGGUUGCCCCAAAGCGUGAACGUUUGAAAGAAGCAGAAGAGGUUCUGGAUGUCCAAAUGCAGAAGCUGCAAACCAAACAAGCAGAACUGAAGGAGCUACUUGAUCGUCUGCAAGCUCUGAAUGAUGAUUUUGAGCGCAUGAAUAACCGGAAGACAGAAUUAGAAAAUAAUAUUGAACUCUGUUCACAAAAGCUUGUGAGGGCUGAGCAGCUGAUCAGUGGCCUUGGUGGAGAGAAAGAGAGGUGGACAGAAGCUGCAAGGUUGUUGGGAAUCCGGUACACAGACCUAGUAGGAGAUGUGUUGUUAUCAUCAGGGACUGUGGCUUAUUUGGGAGCCUUUACUGUAGAUUACCGCCUGAGAUGUCAAAAGCAGUGGCAGGAUCUGUGCAUUGAAAAGAACAUCCCCUGCUCCAGUGAUUUUAGUUUAAGUAAUACAUUAGGGGAUCCAGUCAAAACCCGUGCAUGGCAGAUUGCUGGAUUGCCAAUUGAUUCUUUUUCAGUUGACAAUGGCAUAAUUGUGUCUAACUCAAGAAGAUGGGCUUUAAUGAUAGAUCCUCAAAGGCAAGCUAACAAGUGGGUAAAAAAUAUGGAGAAAAAUAACACCCUGUCAGUUAUCAAAUUAUCUGAUGCACAAUAUGUGAAGACAUUAGAAAAUGCUAUUCAGCUUGGAACACCAGUCUUGCUGGAAGAUAUUGGUGAAGAACUAGAUGCCUUCAUAGAACCAAUUUUAUUAAAGCUAACAUUCAAACAGCAAGGGGUAGAAUACAUGAAAUUAGGGGAAAAUAUCAUUGAAUAUUCGAGAGAUUUCAGGUUUUACAUGACAACCCGCUUAAGAAACCCUCAUUAUCUCCCUGAAGUGGCUGUGAAAGUUUGUUUACUCAACUUUAUGAUAACUCCUUUGGGUCUUCAGGACCAGCUUCUUGGAAUUGUAGCUGCAAAGGAAAAGCCUGAGCUGGAAGAAAAGAAAAAUCAGCUGAUUAUAGAAAGUGCAGCCAACAAGAAACAACUAAAGGAAAUAGAAGAUAAAAUCCUGGAGGUUCUUUCCAGUUCAGAAGGAAACAUCUUGGAAGAUGAAACAGCAAUUAAUGUUUUGUCUUCAUCCAAAGAGUUAUCUCAAGAAAUCUCUGAAAAGCAAAAAAUUGCCACUGCAACUGAAGAGGAAAUAGAUUCCACUCGACUGGGGUAUAAGCCAGUUGCUGUUCAUUCAGCUGUUGUCUUCUUCUGCAUCUCUGAUCUGGCAAACAUUGAGCCUAUGUACCAGUAUUCAUUGAUUUGGUUCAUUAACUUGUAUGUUCAAUCUAUUGCUAAAAGUGAAAAGAGUGAAGAUCUAGAAAAGAGAAUUGAGAAUAUAAUUGAUCAUUUCACUGUAAGCAUCUAUAAUAAUGUCUGUCGUUCACUGUUUGAAAAGGAUAAGCUGUUAUUCUCCUUCCUUCUGACAGUUGGCAUUAUGAAGGGAAAAGGCCUAAUAGAUGAUGAGGUUUGGCGUUUUCUACUGACAGGAGGUGUUGCCCUUGAUAAUCCUCACCCCAAUCCAGCUCCAGAUUGGCUGUCUGACAAAUCGUGGGCUGAGAUAGUACGUGCAUCUAAUCUGACAAACCUCAGUGGACUAAUGGAACAUGUAAAAGAGAGUUUUUCAAAGUGGAAACCAAUAUAUGACUCUGUAAGACCCCAUGAAGAAGCCUUCCCAGAUACAUGGAGCACGCUGGCAGGGUUAGAUCGCAUGGUUAUUCUCAGGUGUUUGAGACCUGACAAAAUUAUUCCAGCAGUACAGGACUUCAUCGUGGAAAAUAUGGGAAGAACUUUUAUUGAACCUCCCACUUUUGAUCUGGGAAAAAGUUACAGUGAUUCAAGUUGUUGUACCCCUUUGAUUUUUAUAUUAUCACCAGGUGCUGAUCCUAUGGCAGGUUUACUAAAAUUUGCUGAUGAUGUUGGCAUGGGAGGCACAAACAUCCAGACUAUUUCACUUGGACAGGGGCAAGGCCCAAUAGCAGCACAAAUGAUUCAUGAGGGUAUUUCUCGUGGAACUUGGGUGGUGUUACAAAACUGCCAUCUUGCAACUAGUUGGAUGCCUACUUUGGAAAAAAUCUGUGAGGAAGUUAUAGUGCCUGAGAACACCAAUGAUAGGUUCAGACUAUGGUUAACCAGUUAUCCAUCAGAAAAGUUUCCUGUUAGUAUCCUCCAGAAUGGCAUCAAGAUGACAAAUGAGCCUCCAAAAGGAGUUAGAGCAAACCUCCUUCGUUCAUACUUCAAUGACCCCAUUUCUGAUCCCGUGUUCUUUAGCAGUUGUGAAAAGGCAGAAAUUUGGCAAAAACUGCUGUUUGGCCUUUGCUUUUUUCAUGCUAUUGUGCAAGAAAGGAGAAACUUUGGCCCACUAGGCUGGAAUAUUCCAUAUGAGUUCAACGAAUCCGACCUCAGGAUCAGUAUGAGACAGAUCCAGAUGUUUUUGAAUGAAUAUGAAGAAAUCCCAUUUGAAGCACUGACAUACCUAACAGGGGAAUGUAACUAUGGAGGCAGAGUAACAGAUGAUAAAGACAGGCGUCUUCUUCUAUCCCUUCUUUCCAUAAUCUAUAGCAAGGAUAUAGUGCAGGACAAGUAUAUGCUUGCAGCUGGAGAUGACUACUACAUACCACCACAUGGUCCAUAUGAGUCUUACAUUGAAUACAUACAAAGUUUACCAAUUACAACACACCCUGAAGUGUUUGGACUUCAUGAAAAUGCAGACAUCACCAAGGAUAACCAGGAGACUAACCAGCUUUUCCAAGGAAUUCUCUUGACUUUACCUAGAGUAGCAGGGGGAGGUGGCAAGUCCUCUCAGGAAACUGUUGAAGAUUUGGCACAGGACAUUCUCUCCAAAUUACCAACUAGCUUUGAUAUGGAAGAGGUAAUGAAGGCAUACCCAGUACUUUAUGAAGAGUCCAUGAACACAGUUCUUAGGCAAGAGCUAAUUCGAUUCAACAGGCUCACUGAAGUUAUCCGGAGCAGCCUCAUUAAUUUACGUAAAGCCAUUAAAGGCCAAGUGUUGAUGUCAUCUGAACUUGAAGAUGUUUUUAACAGCAUGCUAAUAGGAAAAGUGCCAUCAAUGUGGGAUGCCAAAUCCUAUCCAUCACUGAAGCCACUAGGAAGUUAUGUGUCUGAUCUCCUCUGUCGUCUGGCCUUCUUCCAGGAGUGGGUCAAAAAAGGGCCACCCACAGUCUUCUGGCUGUCAGGAUUCUUCUUCACUCAGUCUUUUUUGACCGGCGUUUUACAAAACUAUGCCAGAAAAUACACCAUCCCAAUUGAUGGAAUUGGAUUUGAAUUUGAGGUGAUGAAGCAGGAGCAGACAAUGGAGAAAAUGCCAGAAGAUGGGGCUUAUGUGAGAGGACUUUUUUUGGAAGGUGCACGAUGGGAUAGAGAAUCCGCGGUAAUUGGAGAAUCACUUCCAAAAGUCCUUUAUGAUCCUUUGCCUGUAAUUUGGCUAAAACCUGGAGAAAUUUCCAAAUUUCUUCAUGAAAACAUCUAUUCAUGCCCUGUAUACAAGACAAGUGCAAGAAGAGGUGUCUUAUCUACCACUGGCCACUCAACCAACUAUGUUCUCUCAAUUGAACUCCCUUCAGACAAGCCCCAGAAACACUGGAUAAAUCGAGGUGUGGCAGCACUGUGCCAGUUAGAUGACUGAGAAUUUGCAAGUCAAAACAUUCACAUUUGGUUAUUA